UUAACCACCACAAACAGUAGCAUUUUUUAAAACAAUUAUUAUAAUGCUGGUUGAAAAGAAUCAUAUGAUAUGCCCAGUAAGAUACGGGCACUCAUUAUUUUAUAAUCGAGUGACUAUGGAGGGAAUCUGAAGCGAACACUCCACUUCUUUCCAAAAAACAUGCAUCCUCUUCUUGUUUAGCCCAGGAAAACUCCCCCACCUCCGACCAUGAGAUCUCGCCCACAAACACCACAGCUAUCCAAACCUGAAGACGACACGGACCCAAUGACCCGGCCCGCGCCAGCCAGUACCACAACCUCUCUCAACGUCCCUUUCCCGUCCUCUCGCAAAAAAGGAACUGGGGUUCGACCCUGGCUCUUACUAGACUCAACUGGCCAAGCCCAGGUGGUGGAAGUUGGCAAGCACGCAAUCAUGCGUCGUACAGGCCUUCAUGCCCGUGACCUACGGAUCCUUGACCCGCUACUUUCUUACCCGUCUACUGUUUUGGGUCGAGAGAGAGCAAUUGUUAUUAAUUUGGAGCAUAUUAAGGCGAUUAUUACUGCGCAGGAGGUUUUGCUGCUGAAUUCUAGAGACCCUUCUGUUACUCCAUUUUUGGAAGAGUUGCAGGGGAGGUUGAUGUUUCAUUACCACGCUACUAAAGCUCAGGAGGGUAAUGGUGAUCAUUCAAAGGCAAAUCCUUAUCACGUGGAAGAGCCUGAGUCACAUGGUUUGAGUCCUGAAAAUUUCCCAGAAGGCUUUUCACAUUAUCAGGAUUGCAACGAGGGAGCAAAACAGGGUAUCGAGAAUCGAGAUGGAUCAAAGGUUCUUCCAUUUGAGUUUGUUGCAUUGGAAGCAUGCCUUGAGGCUGCAUGCAGUUGCUUAGAAAGUGAAGCAAAAACACUGGAGCAAGAGGCACAUCCAGCAUUGGAUAAACUGACUUCAAAGAUCAGUACUCUCAAUUUAGAACGCGUCCGCCAGAUUAAAAGUCGAUUGGUUGCAAUAACUGGCCGAGUGCACAAGGUUAGGGAUGAAUUAGAACACUUGCUGGAUGAUGAUGAAGACAUGGCAGAGAUGUAUCUAACAGCAAAGCUGGUUCAACAACAGCUUGAAGAUUCUUCAACUUCCUCUUUAAAUGAGGGAGAUGGCAUGGAUAAUGAUGACCUUCAAGCAGACUUGGACGCCAGUAUUCCUGCUGAGGUGUCAUUGGGUGUUCUUGAGGCCUCUUCUAGCCAUGAGGAUGGUAUUAACAACAUUGAGAAUGAACAUGAUCAUCUUUUUAGUGCACCUAAUGGUCUUGGAAGAUACAGCCGUGUCCAUACUAGUACAACACGAAGUUCAAUAAGCAAGCACCUUGAUGUCGGGGAACUAGAAAUGCUCUUGGAGGCGUACUUUGUACAAAUUGAUGGCACAUUGAACAAGCUAUGCACGCUGAGGGAGUACGUUGAUGACACAGAGGACUACAUCAACAUAAUGCUGGAUGACAAACAGAAUCAUCUCCUGCAAAUGGGGGUUAUGUUGACGACAGCAACCUUAGUGGUGAGCUGCUUUGUUGUAGUAGUUGGUGUUUUUGGCAUGAAUAUCGGAAUCAAAAUGUUCAAAGAAGAAGUGCAAGCAGGAAUGUCGAAGUUUCUAUGGACUGUUGCUGGUGGCACUACUGGGAGCAUGUUCUUAUAUGUGAUUGCUAUUGCCUGGUGCAAGCACAGGCGAUUGUUAGAUAAUUGAAUUGCUGUGUAUUACUGUAUUACUCUGGCAAAGGUAUGACCGGCUGUUGUAUAAUAUGCUGUGGUUCAUGUGAAAACCAUGCAUAGGGAAAGAAAACUCUGAACACGUUAUUGCGCUGAUGUUACCAGGAAGUUGUCGGACCGCUUUUGCUUGCCAAGGUCACCCUGGCUCUUCAUGGAAUGUCAGAAAUUGAAUGACACUACGGGCUAGCCCAAA